AUGGUAACAAUUCGAGCCGACGAAAUUAGUAAUAUUAUUCGUGAACGUAUUGAGCAAUAUAGUAGAGAAGUAAAGAUUGUGAAUACCGGCACCGUACUUCAAGUAGGCGACGGCAUUGCUCGUAUUCAUGGUCUUGAUGAAGUAAUGGCAGGUGAAUUAGUAGAAUUUCAAGAGGGUACAAUCGGUAUUGCUCUGAAUUUGGAAUCAAAUAAUGUUGGUGUUGUAUUAAUGGGUGACGGUUUGAUGAUACAGGAAGGAAGUUCUGUAAAAGCAACAGGAAGAAUUGCUCAGAUACCAGUCAGUGAGGCUUAUUUGAGCCGUGUUAUAAAUGCUCUCGCUAAACCUAUUGAUGGUAGGGGUGAAAUUUCCGCUUCUGAAUCUCGGUUAAUUGAAUCUCCCGCCCCAGGUAUUAUUUUGAGACGUUCCGUAUAUGAACCUCUUCAAACGGGGCUUAUUGCUAUUGAUUCGAUGAUUCCUAUAGGACGCGGUCAGCGAGAAUUAAUUAUUGGGGACAGACAGACGGGUAAAACGGCAGUAGCCACAGAUACUAUUCUCAAUCAAAAAGGGCAAAAUGUAAUAUGUGUUUAUGUAGCUAUUGGUCAAAAAGCAUCUUCUGUGGCUCAGGUAGUGACUACUUUCCAGGAAAGGGGGGCGAUGGAAUACACUAUUGUGGUAGCCGAAACGGCAGACUCACCUGCUACAUUACAAUACCUAGCUCCUUAUACAGGAGCCGCUCUGGCCGAAUAUUUUAUGUAUCGUGAACGACAUACUUUAAUCAUUUAUGAUGAUCCUUCCAAACAAGCACAAGCUUAUCGCCAAAUGUCUCUUCUAUUACGAAGACCGCCCGGUCGCGAAGCUUAUCCAGGAGAUGUUUUUUAUUUGCAUUCACGCCUUUUGGAAAGAGCCGCUAAAUUAAGUUCUCGUUUAGGUGAAGGAAGUAUGACCGCCUUACCAAUUGUUGAGACUCAAUCGGGAGACGUUUCGGCUUAUAUUCCUACUAAUGUAAUUUCCAUUACCGAUGGACAAAUAUUCUUAUCCGCUGAUCUAUUCAAUGCUGGAAUCCGACCUGCUAUUAAUGUGGGUAUUUCGGUCUCCAGAGUAGGAUCUGCAGCUCAAAUUAAAGCCAUGAAACAGGUAGCUGGCAAAUUAAAAUUGGAACUAGCUCAAUUUGCAGAGUUAGAAGCCUUUGCACAAUUCGCUUCUGAUCUCGAUAAAGCUACUCAGAAUCAAUUGGCAAGAGGUCAACGAUUGCGUGAAUUGCUCAAACAAUCCCAAUCAGCCCCUCUCACGGUGGAAGAACAGAUAGUUACUAUUUAUACCGGAACGAAUGGGUAUCUUGAUUCGUUAGAAAUUGGACAGGUAAAGAAAUUUCUCGUUCAGUUACGUACCUACUUAAAAACCAAUAAACCUCAGUUCCAAGAAAUAAUAUAUUCUACUAAGACAUUCACCGAGGAAGCGGAAGCUCUUUUGAAGGAAGCUAUUCAGGAACAGAUGGAACGCUUUCUACUUCAGGAACAAACAUAAGAAAUCUAAAAAAUAAAUGGAAAAAAAUUGCGUCCAAUAGGAUUUGAACCUAUACCAAAGGUUUAGAAGACCUCUGUCCUAUCCAUUAGACAAUGGACGCUUUCCAUUCCUUUUUCUUUCCUUUCGCAUUUUUCCUUUCCUAUCUCCUGUUCAAAAAAAAAGAAUCGGAGUGUGUGGGAUGUGAGAGAAUUUAGGGAAUAAAGAUGCGUAUUCAAAUCAAUGAUGCAUGUAUCAUAAUACAAUUAAUAUGGAGCGGGUAGCGGGAAUCGAACCCGCAUCGUUAGCUUGGAAGGCUAGGGGUUAUAGUCGACGUUGAUUCAUGAUUUUGAACGUCUCUAAUUCAAAACCGAACAUGAAACUUUGAUUUCAUUCGGCUCCUUUAUGGAAGAUGGAUAGACUCCCUGAUCUAAGGCGUGAAUGAAAUUCAAAAAAAUUAGAUCCAUAACAUCUAUGUUAGCUUUUCUGUCUGAAUGCAUCCAAAACAACUCGCUUUCUAGAUGAUCCUUCUAGAUUAUAACAAUCCUUCUAGUUACUUCGUUCUCUAUUUCUACUUCUAGUUGAGAGAAUCCUGAGGAAAAGCAUUUUGUUUCCACCGAGCUGAAACAAUAUGUCGAUAGCUCUAGUAAACUAAAGUCAUCGUUUAAUAGCUAUUUGGCUUCAAUCUCCUCUCUACAAACCCAAAAAUGGAAGAUUUAGUUACGAUUAGAAAUAAACUUUUGUAUCUUUAUCCAUGGAUCUUUUACUCAUUCAAUUGGAAGUCUUGAUCCAACUCAAAAAAAUUAUGCUUCGCGAUUCCAUAAUCCAAUUUUUCAAUGUAGAAUUUACUUUUGGAUAAAAUCACGAGAAUUUAUAUUCUUCCUCAAAUAUAUCAUCGAGAGGGGAAGGAUGAAAUCCUUUUAAGAAAUAAAGUUUUUGAUCGGAAUCAAACCGAACCUUAACUAUUUCAGUAAUAGAACGAAUCACACUUUUACCACUAAACUAUACCCGCUACACUAUACAAUGUGAUUAUUGUACAUGAAUGGAUCAUUUGUCGAACAAGAGAAUUAGGCGUCAUAAAGAUAGGAUCCGAACAGAAUCAUGAAAAGAAAAUUAGAGCGUUGAUGUCUUUCGCCGGGCAGACUUGAUGAGAUAGGGAAACAAUUAAAUAACAAGUUUUAUCUUUUUUUGACGAGGGAGUUGUUUAUUGAUAGGCACGACCCGAAGGAACCGUUGAAGUCUGACCAUAAAAAUGAAUUGUGCAAGAAUCCAUAGCUCCUUUUUCUUUUUCAACUUCCCCAUUCUUUCAAGCAAAUAAAAGAUUUUCUUAAAAAAGAGGGAGAAUUUGAAUCUUAUCUUUUUUCGAAACCAUUUCCUUUUCUAUUCAUUCAACUGCUAGACUCAGGCCAAUCGGAUCUAGUAAAAAAUAAAAUUAUAGUCUUUUUGUGUAUUUAAGUGUUAAACAAAAGCUUGUUCCUUGAAGAAAUAAAUGGGGUAUAAAAUAAAAUGGAUGGGGUAGAAUAUAUUCAAUGAAUAUACAUAUGUAUUUUAUAUGUAUAUGGUGUUUUUUCUUUUUUUUCCAGUUGUUCUUGUUCCCAUAACAAGUAUUUUUGUUUUUAAAUCAGAUAAAUCAAAUCAUUUGAUCUAUGAUUCAUUGGAACAAAAAAAGAAAGAGGACCCGGCUAGGUAUUGACCAGGCCAGGCCGAGGGAAUAA